AUGCACGGCCAGAUUGCACCGAUUUGGACAUGCUAUCGAGGAUGCAAAUCGAUUUUCCAUUUAGAAUGUUUAAGGGCAUGGGGGAUUGCCACGAUUGGCCAUUCAUUCCAAUUUUCUUGCCCUAAUUGUCGAUGCACCUCCUACGACUUUACUGCAGAUGUAAACGGGUCUCCCAGGUGCUAUUGUGGCAAAAAGGAAAUAUCCGUUGUGAAAAAAAAACUCUCGUCUUCGUCUCUUUCGUGUGGUGCACCCUGCAAUGCAAUGCGAGUCGGUUGCCACCACCCAUGUCCCCUGCAAUGUCAUUCAGGACCAUGCCCCCCGUGCUCAUUUAUGGGAUCUCCCGAGCCAUGUGCAACAGGACCUCCACACCACCUUGCUCAACGACAACGAAGAUGUGGAUCUGCGCCAGAGGAAUGGUACUGCAAUGAUGCAUGCCCGCGCAUUUAUUCAAAUUGCUUUACAAAUGCACACAGAUGCCCAUCUACAAAGUGUCAUUCAAAAUGUGAAGCUUGCCCCGAGCUUAUUUCCAUCUCAUGCGAGUGUUCCUCGCUAACAACGUCCCCAAAUAUUCGGUGUAAUCGGGCUUUCGAUAUUCUCACGUCGUCUGCUGGGCGAUUGUCAUGUCAACAGCGAUGUAAAAAGUAUCUUCUAGAAGAAAAAUCUCAAUGUAUUCUUAUUUGCCACCCCCCUUCCGUUAGCUGUGCAUCAAAAAUUGCCGAUGCUUGCUGCUUCUAUGGUCCUAUACACCCACACUCAAUUUCUUGUAAAUGUGGAAAGGAAUCUCUUGUGAUCAAUGUUGGCUGUGCCACGGUUGAAAAAACCGAGCUUGGAUAUGUCCGUCGACCUACUGAUACCAGUAAUAUCACAUGCGAUAAUUCCUGCGGAAAGAGCUUUGCCUCCUGCUCUAAACAUCUUUGCGACAAAAAGUGCUGCAUUAAUGAUGAGGAUCAUGUCCGCUGUACUCAGAUUUGCAAUAAGCGACUAGCCUGCGGCAAGUCUUCGCAUAGGUGUUUAGAAAGAUGCCAUCCUGAGAGGCCGAAUUGCCGUCCCUGUCCACGUCCUUCAUUUCCUGAUGGCUGGAAUUGUCCUUGUGGUAAAACAAAGGUAGAGGGCCCCUUGGGGUGCUCUUGGGUACCGCCCUCCUGCAAAUUUCUUUGCAAUCGAGCCCGGGAAUCCUGUGAUCACUCAUCGAUACCCCAUCCUUGUUAUUCCGGAGACUGCCCCCCUUGCACGAUGCCGGUAUUUCCGAAAUGUGGAUGUGGUCGAGUCGUUACAUAUUCUGUUCCCUGUAUGUUUUCAGGGGCAAUGGCCAGAUGUGGUCUUCGCUGUAAUAAGCAAUAUCCUGAUUGUCCCCACACAUGUGCAUCUCGUUGCCAUUGGGAUGUGGAGAAUUGUCCUCCAUGUCCCCAAAAAUGCCAACGAAAAUUGAAUCAAUGUGGCCACCCUUGCGCACUUGUAUGCGGAAUACACCCAGGUAGUUGUGUCUGUAAUGCCACCGUUUCAAUUUUAUGCCCAUGUGGCCGACACAAGGAGGAAUUCGCAUGCUCAGAAUCAACUCCAAUUUCAUGCACAGAUGCCUGCUUAAAUGCCCAGAGGUUUUCUGCCUUUGCUGAGGCCCUAAAUAUCUGCAACCCGCAAAAUAUCGGGAGAGAUGAUGAGUUCUCAAUACAUGCAGCUCUUAUUGCAUGGCCUAUGCUUAUGGAUGUGUUUACUUGGGCUCGUUCGCGUCUUGAAUAUCUUUUGAUGAUUGAAGGAAUCUUUUCAGAGCAUAUUUCAUCAACUUCUCGCAAAAGGUGGGUUGAUCUGCCACCUGCUGGCCCAAUCAAGCGUGAAAUGACCAUUCGCAUCGCCAAUAAUUACCAUUUGCAAACCAUUGAGUUAGACUGUUCUAUACGAGGAUCUGUUAGGUUUGGAUUUCCAGAUGAUUAUCCUACUACUGUUCCCAAAGUGCCAAGCAUCCUAUUGUCUAAAAUAGUUACUUCAGUUUCUUUUUACGACGUUAAGGUAUUUUUGUCUACACAGAAGUACGAUGGUGGUGGCAAAGACGAUGGGGAAGAAAACAAUGCAUCUCAACAUCCUUGUGGGGAAAUUCUUGCUUCAGUAAACAAUGAUCUAUUGGAGCUUUCCUUUACAGAUAAUGGCAUAUCCAAUCCUUCAAUACAGGAAGAAAGUGAUUCUUUUUGCGAUAAGAGUCUCUCAGAUGAGGAUGAGGAGACCAGCUGGGUUGUCAUUUCUACCCACAAUCGUCCAAGUAACCAUUGA